AUUUACCAAACAAUUAAACCACCAAUUCCUUGUUAGAUCUCGAAUGUGAUUCGUCAACUUACACUUACCGAUCUGCUCAACACAUAUAUCUCUGUAACAACACACACUGCAGCAAGUGUGUGUAGAAGAUGGAGAAGAUGAAUCGCGCAAUGGAGAAGAUGAAGAUUCUCGUAGGAAUGGAAGAGGAAGUUAUCGAAGAAGAAAGCUCCUUCGCUUUCAUGGAUGAGCUCAAUCAGAAUUGUACUUUGUCUUAUCAACAGAGGCUCUAUGGUUUUGCCGUAUGCUUGGUUUCUGGUGUUGCUUGCACACUUUUGUCAAUGCUAGUCUUCUUCAAUCCAAUCAAGUUUGGUAUCACAUUUUCAUUUGGCAAUCUGCUUGCAAUUGGAAGCACUGCAUUCCUCAUAGGCCCCAAACGACAAGUAACCAUGAUGCUUGACCCUGUUCGUAUAUACGCAACAGCAAUAUAUCUUGCAAGUAUAAUAAUGUCCCUGUUUUGUGCUCUAUAUGUUCAUAACAAGUUGUUGACACUCUUGGCAAUUUUGUUGGAGUUCAGUGCUCUUGUUUGGUAUAGUUUAAGCUACAUUCCUUUCGCCCGGUCUAUGGUUUCCAAGGUCAUGGUAGCGUGCUUUGACACUGAAUUCUAAGCUUUGCAUACAUAAAAGAGGAUCGUGUAUGUACUGAUUGUAAAAAUUUGAUAUGACGUGAUGAAAACUGAACAGUGAGGACCUGAGGAGGUUUGUUUAAAUGUAAUUGCUCAUGCAAGUUGUAGUUAUUGAGUCGCCAACAAAUUGCACAAAAGCUAGUUUUUCACAAAAUUUAGUUCCACUCGUACUUAUUAUUA